CGGAGGGGAGCAGCGCUGAAAUCCGCUUUUUGCCUUCCCCCCCCUCCUUGCCUUUUUUUCCUUUCUCCCCCCCACUCUCGCUCCUCGCUACUGGGGGUGGUUCUCGCUUCGCCUCCCUCCUUCCCUCCCUCCUGCGCGGGCUGCUCCCUCCCCGUGGGGCGCAGGGAGGCGAGCCCGCCCGCCCGGGAUGCUAUGGCUCCGCCGGGCUCCGCGCUGCCCGCCUGCCUGCUGGGGCUGCUGCUGCUCGGCUGCCGCGGAGAUUUUGGCCAUUCCUCUGAGUUGGCAUUCGUUGUGGAGCCUAGCGAUGACAUUGCUGUGCAGGAGCAACCCUUGAUCCUCUACUGCCAGGUUGAGGGCAUCCAGCCCAUAACCAUCACGUGGCGGAAGAAUGGCGUCAUGAUCGUGGACAGCGAGAAUGCCUUUAUGUUGGCCAAUGGGUCGCUUUAUGUCUCCCACUUCCAGAGGGUCCGAGGAGAUGGGUCCUCGGAUGAAGGUGAAUACGAUUGCAUGGCGCAAAACCACUAUGGGCUGGUGGUGAGCCGGAAGGCGAAGAUUCAGGCAGCGACAAUGUCUGACUUCCAUAUCCACCCUCAGAAUGCAGUGGUGGAAGAAGGUGGUGUAGCAAGAUUCCAGUGCCAGAUCCACGGUUUGCCUGAGCCAGUGAUCCUCUGGCAAAAGAACCGCAUGCCGGUCAACACAGACAAUGAAAGAUACACGCUGCUUCCCAAGGGGGUCCUCCAGAUUACGGGACUGAGGGCAGAAGACAGUGGGAUUUUUCACUGUGUUGCUACCAAUAUUGCUAAUGUGAAGUUCAGCCGGGAGGCCAGACUCACCGUGUCAGGCUCACACUCCGCUGUUUACAAGGACCCCAUGAUUCUUGUCGGUCCAGAGAACCUCACACUGACAGUGCACCAGACUGCUGUGCUGGAGUGCAUCGCAACGGGCAAUCCCCGGCCCAUCGUCUCCUGGAGCCGCCUAGACGGCCGCCCCAUUGGCGUGGAGGGGAUCCAGGUGCUGGGGACCGGAAAUCUCAUGAUCUCGGACCUCACCGUGCAGCAUUCUGGCAUCUAUGUGUGUGCUGCGAACAAACCUGGCACUCGGGUGCGAAGGACUGCACAGGGAAGGCUCGUUGUACAAGCCCCCGCAGAGUUUGUGCAGCAUCCCCAGUCCAUUUCCAGGCCCGUGGGGACUACUGCCAUCUUCACGUGUGUGGCCCAAGGGGAACCCCCACCACAGAUCACUUGGCUGAGGAAUGGGCAGAUCCUGGAGACCAGCGACCACAUUAAACUGAAGAAUAACAACAGCACUCUCUCCAUCUAUGGGAUCAACCAGGCAGAUGAAGCCAUCUACCAGUGCAUCGCUGAGAACAGCGCCGGCUCCACGCAAGCCAGCGCUCGCCUGACAGUCCUGUGGGCAGAUGGGCUGCCCGGUCCUCCACAGAGCGUGAAGGCUGAGACAGUCUCUGCAACCACCAUCCAGGUGUCUUGGAAAAAGCCUCUGCAGAACACCAAGGAGAUCAUCGGCUACGUGCUGCACAUUCGGAAAGCUGCAGAUCCUGUAGAGAUGGAGUAUCAGGAGACUGUUAGCAAGAGCACCUUCCAGCAGCUAGUGACUGAUUUAGAGCCCUCGACCAGCUACAGCUUUUAUAUAAAGGCUUACACCUCCCGGGGUGCCAGCAAAGCCUCAGAAGUCACAGUGGUGAGCACGCUGGGAGAAGUCCCAGCCAUGCCAUCCCUCUUUAUUAAAGUCAUUAACAGCACCGCCGUGCAGGCUACAUGGGAGCCCUCCAUCAAACUGGGCCAGAAUGAAGGCUUCAAGCUUUAUUACCGCAAGGUCCACCUCUCCCAGUACACAGGUCCAGUGCUACUGCCCAGCAAUGUAACAGCGUACAACAUUACCCACCUGGAUGCAUCAGUGGUGUAUGAAGUCAAGCUCCUUGCCUAUAACCAGCAUGGGGAUGGAAAUUCAACUGUCCGCUUUGUGUCCUUGAGGGAAACUGUGGAGAGGACAGUGCUGAAUUCCCCGUGUGACUGCGUGAAGGACAAGCAGAACAAUAAAACCUCCACCACUGGCAUCAUCGUUGGGAUCCACAUUGGCGUCACGUGCAUAAUCUUCUGCAUCCUCUUCCUCAUGUUUGGGUACAGAGGAAGGCUGCUGAUGUGCAAAAAUGUGCAGGAGCAGCUGUCAACCCCGCAGAUCCCCAGGAGCCAGCGGGGUGCCACAGGCCUUGUCCUGAACGGCGUGACUCGCAGGGACAGGGAUGACCGGGACUUGAAUGGAAAGCAGCUGGAUAUGAACGAGCUGGAGAGAUUAUUCCCAGCAUCCCCAUCCCAGGAGCAGCAGGAUAAGGGUGUAACGUCAGCUCACAGCUCGCCGGCCCCCCAGGAUGACACCCAGAUAUCCACGCUCCCUCUGGAUGAGUUCAGCAUCAUCGAGGAGCAGCCAGAGCCCCUCCCGAAAAGCCCCCGCAAUGGCAGCCCUGCUGCUCUGGCUCCCGACCACGGUUCUGCCAAUGAAGGAUAAAACUGCCAAGACUUGAACCCUCUUGUAGGAGUUACCAGAAACCAAACCCACGGCUGGUGGUGUCUUUACGAGUUGUCAAUCUCAGGUCAAUUGAAGAUUUCUACAGUCUGAUUGUUAUUUUUUUGUUUUGCUUUAUUUUUUUAUAUAUAUAUAUAUAUAAAUAUAUAUGUAUACAGCCUUUUGGAAACUCUGAAGUUUAUUGUUCUGACCUCUCUUGGGCCUCUUGGUGUGUUUCUUCUGACAAUGGCUUUAUCGAGACUGGUCGUGAUGGAUUUCCCCUGCAGCUGCUAAGUAAAAGACUCCUUGGCAGAGUUUGGCAAACUCUCCUGUCUCUGACAGACUGGGGAUACGGUGGAGCGUCCUUCUCUUGGCAUCCCAGACUUUUUCCUGAUCAGCAGCUUUAGGACUACUUUUUGGAUCUAUUUUUUAUUUCCAGAAGACUGGAUUUGGAGAAAUCCUAACUUGACUCCAAAAAUCGAGGCCCAGGAAGGCUGUCUCUCCGUGGAUUUGAUGGUUUUGUACACUUUCACUAUUUCUCAGGAUACUUUUUUGCUGAUUGACUCUAAAUAAUAUGAAAAAAUGUUAAAAAAAAAAAAAAGUGUGUGUGUCAAAGGAUGCCUGCCUGAGGGCUACUGAAAGACUUGGACAGACAAGCCGAGUGAACUCAGAACCUACCUCAACCGGAAUGAAUGUCUUCUGGGAAGCAGAAAUACCUGCGUCUUCCUUCGUGUUCAAAAAAAACAAGUAACGUAGCACUUGGUCAGUACAAGCUUGGUCCUACCUCAGCAGUCACGCUCUGUACCUGCCACCUUGGUGGUUUUGUUGUCGUCGUUCCCAUCUAAAGCACUUCCAAACCUUUGAAAGCAAUGUUCUACCUCAAGCAUGAUAGGAACUGGUGUGAGUGUGUGUGUGUGUGUGUGUGUCCUCUCCUCUCUCCCAAUUCCUGCCUCUCCCACCCAGCCCCGCGCGAAGCAAGAUGCUUCACUAGUGUUAUGAGCUUUACUUUUAGACACGUCACGGGGUUUCAGUGUGAUUUUGCGUGGCAGAGAUUUGUAUCAAGGUUUUUUACUUUAAAGUUUGUUGGGGCCAUCACAGACAUGGCUGGAUGCCCCGUGGCUCGCCGGCACCAUUGCUCUUUGGGCACUGUGGUGGCUGCCUUGGUUCAUCCAGGGUGUGCUUGGGAUGGAGCGGGGUGUGUGGGGUGCUCAGAUGCCUGUCAGCAUGCCGCUCCCUAGGCCAGGGUGAUUGAUGGCACAUGCCAGCACAGGCAGCUUAACACACCCCUGGGAGGUGAGGACCUGGAUGUCACCAUCUUGUCCCUUCAAAGCCCAUCCUGCCAUCAGGAGCACCUACAAGGAAACUGAUACAGCACUUCCAAAACCCCUUGAGAUGCCACUGAGCUGCUCCCAGCUCCUCCAGCGUAUUUCCAGCUAGCAGGAGAUCAUCCAAAGGAUGAGCUGAGCUGAAAAGGGGCUCUCUUCCCUGGGAGAGAUGAGCAGAGGAGGGCUCCUGGGUGGUGACACAGAGCAGGCCCCCCACGCCGCAGGACGCUGGGGACUGCUGGCAGCCACCCCUUCCCCACGCCCAGGGUGUGCGAGGAGCUCCUGACACCAAAGAGAGGGUUUGUGCACGCUCCCUGCUCCUCCAGGGGCCAGCUGCCAACCUGCCACCGUGGGGUUCGGGUUGUCCUGGCGUGGUGCAGCCUUGUGAGUUGGUGUGUGACCAGCGUUGUCCAUGGGGUGAGCUGGGGCACGCACAGGGGACAGGGAUGUCGGCCAGCCAGUGGCAGAGGGCAGCCCUUUCCCUACCACGUGGGUUGGUUGAAACCAGGUGAACGUGGCGGUUUGAACUCUUUGUAUAGGUGGUGGUAACUCAAAUGUCACCAUAUUUGCAAGGACAAGUGAAAGGAAUUAGGAAAGAAAUGAGUUUGAGUUUAAAGAGAGUAAUAAUUGUGUUUUUUUAAAUGGUACCAGUGGGAGAGUUCCUUGUGUCAGAAACAUCCCCCAUCACCUUCCCAAGUGGGAUUGGGAUGCUACCAAUAAUUGUGUAAAUAAUACGAUAUACAGGACAAUAUGGCAAAUGUCUCUUCCCCUGUGCUGUGCCCUGGGGCUGGGCUGGGUUCGCUGUGAGCAGGACUCUGUCCUUUGAGACCAAAUCAUCCAGCUUGGCCCAAGCAGAUGCAAUGGCUCGGUGUUUGUAGCCCUCUGCCAUUAAAAUUCCUCCUCCUGUAGACAUCAUGCAGGACAGAAAAAAUCUGAAGGGUUAAACUUGCACGUUAAACCCCCAAAUAGCCUUUCUCCACCCACCGAAGAGGCUAAAUGGGCCGUCAGACCGAUUCCUGCUCACAUUUACUGUGGGGAGAUGCUCCCUCCCGCAUGAUGGUGGACCUGGAGACAGCUUGGGAAGGGACCAUGCUCAUGGACAGUGCUGGUGGCACCAUGCAAGACCAGUAGCACAGCCCGUCCCAUCGUGGGAGCCUGAGGAUGCCGGGGCUUGCAGAGGGCAGGAGGGAGAAGGAGAUGCCGAACGGCUCAAGUUACAACCUCGUAUCACAGAAAACCCAAUCUCCUCCUGCCAGCCCACUCCCACUCAGCUUUUUUUAAAUUUUCUUUUUGUGUGUGUGUGUGUGUAAUGCCGACGUUCACAUUGAAUAAGUACUGUUGCCAAAGUGAACACAGAAUUUAGACUAGCUUUCAGCUCAGACUUCCUGGAGCUGUGAACAUGCUAUUAAUUUAAUAUCAUAUUAUUGUGAUAUUGUAAUAGUAACAAGUAUUUGUCACUACUUCCUUUUAUUAAAGGGAAAUGCUGUGCCAUUUGACUAGUUGAAAUACGAUAGUAUGUCAAGAAUAGAGCUUUUUCUUUUUUUUUUUUUUCAUUAUGCAGAAAUGUGAUGGCUUAAACCAAUGCAAUUUAUGUGUUGGUUUGAGACAGCUGAAGAUGGAUGUAAAUCUUUAAAGAAUAUUUUUUAGAUGUUUAGCUUUUCCUCUUUUUUAGGGUUUCUUUUCCGCUCUUGUCAAUCUGUACCACUGGGACCUAAUGUAGAUGGUUGCAGCAGGUCAGCCCCCAAAGGGAUGAGGCUGAAGUCUGGAGAUCCAGCAGGAGGACGUUGUCUUCCCUGAAUUAUCCAAGCCUCCCAAGUCCACAAAACUGGGCAAAAAAACCCUCACAACGGCACACUCUGGCUUUGUGCUGUGGAGUGCCUCUAGCUGUCACUUAGCUGGAGAAGUGACAUGUAACAGGCCAUCUUGCUGUUCAUCAGUGCCUGCGCCGGGCUGGAGGCAAAGCCAUGCCGACUGAAAACUUGGGAAAACAUCACCCGGAGUAUGUCUGGCCAUUAAUCUGUAAAACAAGAAGGAAAAAAGAACCAAAAAAAGGAGCUUGUGCUUGGUUUCAGCGUGGGGCACAACUUCAAGUCUGUGCUUGGUUCAUCCACACUCCUGCUCUGUGCUUGAGGGAAAGCGCUGGAGUUCUGUUCUGUGCUGGGGGCACGGUUGGGCUUGGGUAGACAUGUUGGGCUUGGGUAGACAUGUUGGGCUUGGGUAGACAUGUUGGGCUUGGGUAGACAGGCCUGCAGGAGCCCAUGUGCUGCUGGUGGUUUGGAUGCUGUUUUGCAGGUGUCAGAAAUGCUCCUCCCAGGUCUCCCACGAGCACGUAACCAUUCUCAUGGCAUCAGAGGCUUCUUCAAAGGCUUCGGCCUUUGAAAUGAAAAUUCAAGCUUCAGCCAGGCUGUUGGGUGAACAGGAGCAUUGCUGCGCUGGGAGGGUGUCCCCAUGCCGUGGGCAGCAUCCCAGGAGGGACACAAACCCUGCUGAGCCUUGAGGCAAAGCUCUGCUGCCAUGGUGCAAACCCAGCAGCCACCAACCCCACCGGCCAGGGCCGGGCCGUGCAGGCGUGGGGCUAUGCCGUAGCAACGGGGUCCAGGCAUCGUUUUAUGUACCCAGACCAGAUGGCACCAGCCAGACCAGCCCAGGCGGCGUCACUGGUGCCUUGCACCCGUCCUCACCCGCCUGCCAGAGAUCAGCUAAUGGCACGUGCUCCCUUCACCCUGAUAAUUCAUACACCUCAAACACUGCAGCAACAGCUUGCCAGAUUCCCCCCCCCCCCUUUUCUUGAUGGGAGGAGUCAGAGAGUUUUAUCUGGAGAUAAAACGGCUGUGUUGGACCUAGUGCAAGCCGUUGGCAACCGCCCCUGUUUGGGGUAGGAAUCUCGCCCUCUAGUAUUUUUCCAAGCAAAUAAUUCUAAUUCAACUCACUGCCUUUUCUAGGCAGAUCCAAAAAAACCCUCUUGCUUUUCUGGCUGUGGUGAGAUGAAAUUACAGCAAGGAGUAAAGUAUCCAAAAGCUGAUUUUUACUGUUUUUUUGUUUUGUUUGUAACCCAUAAUGGGCACAACCUAUUCUUGGAGCUCUCAAGUUUACCAGAGAUGGCUGCUACCUCAGGGAUAGUAUCCACAUUGUCUUUAGUUGAACAGGGAAUAGUUUUAUGCUGUGACAGGGUAUUUUCACGCUGUUGGAUUCAGGUAUUUAUUUGUCUACCGUAUCUUUCUUCUUCCUUGUUUUGUAAAGAUGCUGAUACAUUUAAGUGCUGGACCAGUUUGGGAAUUUUAAAACUUCCACCCAAAAUUAUACCAAGGGACUGUACGUUUUAAGUUGGCAAUAAAAAAGAAGAGAAGCUAUGACAUGUUGUUGCUUCUGGAUGGUGAAGGGAAGAUUUUUGCUGCCUGUGGGGUUGUUCCUCCAGGAUAACCAUCCCACAGCAUUUCGGGGGUGGGAGGGGGAUCGGCACAGUGUCUGAGCCCUCUCUGAGCUGACGGACAGCACUUAAGUCUGGGAAGAUCGGUUAAAAAAAAAAAGGAAAUUAAAAGCUUAUGAAAACAAACGGCAGCAACGCAGGAGGAGCUACUUAGUUACUUCAUCUGUGCAAACAGCAUUUGGAAAUCUAUCCCUCCCCAUGCUGCGCCAGUGAGGGCAGAUUAAAGAUCCUAUCUAGCAACUUGAUGCCUGCUCAUUUAUUUCCCUCAUCUGCCAAAUUAAAAAAAAGGAAAGGAAAGGGAAGGUGCUUGGGCUGGAGCUGUGGGCAGGGAGACAGUUACGCCCCCAGCCGCAAGUGCUGCUGGUGUGGGGCCACGGCACCAAAACCCACCAUAAAACACUGGAAAUCAGUGAAACGGCUCCAGGUUUCCUCCGAGAGCACAGCCUGAGCCUCAGCAUCGUGUAACAAGAAGGGACGGGGCCGGUGCAAAGCCCAGCACGUCAGGGAAAAGCCUGAUUUCACAGGGCUUUGGAGCAGGGUCUUACAAAGGAAAGAGGGAUUUUUACUUUGAUCGUAUUUCCAUCAUUUAAACUUGCAGUAUCUUUACAUUUGUAAUAAAGUAAUAACAAAGACGAUGCUAAACCUUUGUCCCAGUCCUCUUUGGGAAUCAACCAUUAAGAGUAAUAUUAAAAACCCAAAUUGCAAAGCACUUUUCUACUGUUUAUUUUCUACCUUUCUUACUUUGAACUGUCUUGAUAUUUGAAAUCCACUGAUCCUACGAUUGUUAGCUCUGUAUAAAAAAAAAAGAAAAUAAAACCCAGUUUUUUUGUAGUUUGC